AAAUAUGAUCAUUUAUUUUUUGGGGUUUUGAUAGUAGUUUAGGCGUCCUUGUAAAGGACAGAACAGAUGUUGCGUAUCACCGUUUCAUCUUCACUUCAUAGACUUUCUCUUUUCAUGGCAUCGGAUAAACCUCAACGUCUCCACCAAAUUGCAGGAACCAAUUUCCAAACCACAACAAAGAGGGCAAGAACCAUGACCACUGCUACUCUCACUACCACAGAUUCUGCUAUGAAGGAAGCUUUUUCAAAAUAUGCUGAAUAUCUGAAUAACCUUAAUGAUAAACGCGAAAGAGUGGUCAAAGCAAGCCGUGAUAUAACAAUGAAUAGCAAAAAAGUGAUAUUUCAAGUGCACAGGUUGAGUAAAUACAAUAAAGUGGAAGUACUUGAGAAAGCAGAAAAGGAUUUAGCAGCUGUGACAAAUCAGUACGUGUCUCGACUAGUCAAAGAAUUGCAGGGAACUGAUUUUUGGAAGCUAAGACGAGCCUACUCACCAGGGAUACAGGAGUAUGUUGAAGCAGCUACAUUCUGCAGUUUCUGUAAAAACGGAACUCUUUUAAAGCUUGACGAGAUAAAUAGCACAUUGUUACCACUUAGUGAUCCUUCUCUUCAGCCUCUGCAGAUAAACAUCCUUGACUAUCUAUUAGGGCUUGCAGAUUUGACCGGAGAGCUGAUGCGUUUGGCAAUUGGUAGGAUAUCAGAUGGUGAACUUGAAUUUGCCGAGAAGAUAUGUAGUUUUGCACGUGAUAUAUACAGAGAGCUUACACUUGUAGUGCCACAUAUGGAUGACAGUUAUGAUAUGAAAACAAAGAUGGAUACCAUGCUCCAAAGUGUCAUGAAAAUAGAGAAUGCUUGCUUUAGUGUCCAUGUGAGAGGAUCAGAAUAUAUUCCACUUUUGGGAUCAAAUGAUCCAAGUUCCUUCUUAGUUGGAAUUCCAGAUAUUGAACUAUGAGAGAUUUCAUUAUCUUGUACAGGUUAUCCAAUGUGAAAUCUAUGUAGAUGAGUGAAUAGUCUACUUGAAGGUUUAAGGGUUGAUUUGAUAUCACUGCAUUACCAUGGAUGGUGAUAUUUACAUAGAUUCUUAGCAAAGAUGACAUGUAUGAUUUGAAAACGUUGAUCAUUUCACUUAAUGUUGCCAAGCAUGUGCUAAAUCUUCUUUGGGGUUAAAUGAAACUUGUCUUAAAACUAGAAUCAUGCUAUCAUAUGAAUAUUUUAGUUUUUGUUUUUUUAAUCAGACAUAAUGUAGAUGUAGGUGUGUCCAUGUCUUGUUUUGAUUACAUGUAGACAAUUUUAACUGGAUAAAAUGAAUUAGCCAUACCUUACAUUUACUUUUA